CAAGAGCUUGGGGACUAAGGCUCCUUUGGCAUUAUUACAGACACACAGAGCUGACCGCAAUGACAGCAGCUGCUCUUUUGAACUGUUGGCAGCAGCCAAGCGGCAGCAUGAAGUGAGAGAUUACUCCUGAGCUCAAGAUGAACUCUACUUUGGAUGGUAAUCAGAGCAGCCGCCCUUUUUGCCUCUUGGCAUUUGGCUAUUCAGAAACUGUCGAUUUUUGCCUUUUGGAAGUAUUGAUUAUUGUCUUUCUAACUGUAUUGAUUAUUUCUGGCAACAUCAUUGUGAUUUUUGUAUUUCACUGUGCACCUUUGUUGAACCACCAUAAUACAAGUUAUUUUAUCCAGACUAUGGCAUAUGCUGACCUCUUGGUUGGGGUAAGCUGCCUGGUCCCUUCUUUAUCACUCCUCCACUACCCCCUUCCAGUAGAGGAGUCCUUGUCUUGCCAGGUAUUUGGCUUUGUAGUAUCAGUUCUGAAGAGUGUCUCCAUGGCCUCUCUGGCUUGUAUCAGCAUUGAUAGAUACAUUGCUAUCACUAAACCUUUAACCUACAAUACCCUGGUCACACCCUGGAGACUACGCCUGUGUAUUUUUCUGAUUUGGCUAUACUCCACCCUGGUCUUCCUGCCUUCCUUUUUCCACUGGGGCAAACCUGGAUAUCAUGGAGAUGUGUUUCAGUGGUGUGCAGAAUCCUGGCACACUGACCCCUACUUCACCAUGUUCAUCGUGAUGAUGUUAUAUGCCCCGGCAGCCGUCACUGUGUGCUUCACCUAUUUCAACAUCUUCCGCAUCUGCCAACAGCACACUAAAGAAAUCAGCGAAAGGCAAGCCCGCUUCAGCAGCCAGAGUGGGGAGACUGGGGAGGUGCAGGCGUGUCCCGAUAAGCGCUAUGCUAUGGUACUGUUCCGAAUUACUAGUGUAUUUUACAUCCUCUGGUUGCCAUACAUUAUCUACUUCUUAUUGGAGAGCUCCACUGGCCACAGCAACCGCUUUGCAUCCUUCUUAACCACCUGGCUUGCUAUUAGUAACAGUUUCUGCAACUGUGUAAUUUAUAGUCUCUCUAACAGUGUCUUCCAAAGGGGACUAAAGCGCCUCUCAGGGGCCAUGUGUACUUCUUGUGCAAGUCAGACCAUAGCUAAGGACCCUUACACAGUUAGGAAUAAAGGUCCCCUUAAUGGAUGCCAUGUCUGAAGUGGUCAGAUACUGGGUG